AUGGGUGUGGUCAGCUCCAACAUCUUCCAGAACAAAGAUGCGCCAAAAUACAUACCCGCGCUUGCUACCACCGCCGCUUUCGGUGGUAUGGGAUUCUUGCUGACUUUGAUGCUCGGAGCGUGGAUGAUCGUUGACAACAAGCGGAGGGAUGCCAAGCAAGGGAAGGUGAAUGUUAGGGACGUCUCGACGGAGGAGUUGAGGGAUGGGCCUGCGGCGGAAAGAUUUAGGCUAGAUCUUACUUAG